UGGUGGGUGAGUUGGAAUGCAUUUGAUCUGCUACCCGGUGAAGCAAGGCAAAUGUCCCAUCGCGGACACAAGGAUGCAGUAGCCGGGCACCAACAAUCACUAGUGACGAGGUGCACAGACCAGACCAUUUGGAAAUACAUGUACACCGGUCACAUCCCCGCUGACAGAACAUGGCUGCCCUGUCCGCCCCUUCCACCGCCCCUCCCAAACGCUUCCUGGUUCUCUUCGACUUUGAUGAGACUAUUGUCAACGAGAGCAGCGACGAUGCAGUCGUGCGUGCCGCUCCGGGACAGCAGCUCCCUGAUUGGCUGAGGCAGUCAUACCGCGAGGGACACUACAACGAACACAUGCAGCGAGUCCUGGCCUACAUGGCCGAGCACGGUGUCACCGAGGAUUCCAUUCGAUCCAUGGUGGAAAACAUUCCCCCCACGCCUGGCCUGCUAUCUCUCUUCCAGUACCUACAGGCGCACAAGCAGGACUUCGAAUCAGUGGUGGUCUCCGACGCCAACAUGUACUUCAUCGAGGCGUGGAUGGAGAGGGCCGGCGUGCGCCACCUCUUCCACAGGAUCUUCACCAACCCGGCCAGCUUUGACGCUGAAGGGCGUCUGGUUCUCUUGCCCUUCCACGCCCAUAGCUGUCAGCAGUGCCCCGAGAACAUGUGCAAGCAGGUCAUCGUGCGGGAAUACCUGGCGAGGCGGCAGCAGGAGCGCGGCGACUGCCCGUUCCAGAGGGUGUUCUACGUGGGAGACGGGGCCAACGACAUCUGCCCCAUGCUGGCCCUGGGGCCCCGCGACACCGCCUUCCCCAGGAGGGACUUCCCUAUGCACCGGCUGCUGCAGAAGAUGCAGGAGGCGGGGACGGAGGGCCUUAAAGUCAACGUGGUGCCCUGGGCCACCGGACAGGACGUGGUGGACUGCCUUAAAAGGCUGGAGAAGGAAAGAGGACACUGCAGCUAGCCUGGUCCCAGAUUUGAUUGUCCUGUCUUGGCAGUUCCUAUGGUCAGGAGCAGGCAAGACAGUGCAAACAGAUAUGAGAAAUGGUUAGCUCACACCAGCAGGAUAGGAACAAACAAAAGAAGGGAACUUCCAAAAGUUACAGUUAAACUGGUAACAGCAUUAAAGGAUAUGAGGGGGUAUAUGACAUUAUGCAUGGCUCAUAUCUAGUGUUUUUUUAAGCAGGUGCUAGAGAUCAAAGAACUAUGUUUCAUAAAUGUAAAUACGUUUGGACUUGUUGCAAAUUAUGCGUCCAUAUACUUUAUUGAUGAUGUCUUCAGCUGAAUAGACAUAAGAGUCAAAACACUGUCAAUAAAGUACAUUGAAGCAUGAAUGAUAAGGACAUGCAGUAGAAUUCAGUGUAAUUGGAGUGUCUCGAGUCAUCCCAUGUGGGGUAGAAUAAUGUGGCAUCUCUUUAUGCAUGCAGAGCAUUCAAUACUGGCCCAGUCCAGGGCAUCUCCAUGAGUCAGUAUGUCUCCUCCACCACGCCAUACCAGGGUUUAAUAUUCACAUUUGGUAUGUCCAGGCUCCUGUCUAAUAUUCUACACUAUUUCCAGGCUGUCCUUUUCCCCCCAGCACGAGCAAAAAUGUGCAUAAAUUGUUCGAAGCAUGUUUGAGCCUGCAUGUCUUAUUGCAAGGCACAGACUAUUCAGGGUAAUAAGCCAGGAAUAUGUGCUGCUUUUUGUCCCUGCGUAACACUCCUCAUUCACCUAAUGAAAGAAGUAUUGACUAGUAUACAUGUAGAACUGGUUGUUUCAGCGCCGUCCGAUACAGAAGCCUAUAGAUGCUGUGGCUCACCUGGACAAGGCUUGGCAUAGAUGGACAAAAGAGACUGCUGCCACUGAUGCAGUAGCACAAACACACACACACACACUGACAUCUAAUAUACUGUCUGAAUAUACAAAGGUAAUAUACACCGACAUGGGAUACUGAGUGAAACCCACACAGCCGAGCUGCUUGUCCAGUGCCUCCAUACAGUGUGAGAAACCCAUGAAGCACUUGAGAUAUUGGAGUCUGUAUGUGGUCCCGUGUCUGUCGUUCUGUUCACACUGAGUGUUUUUGACCUUGGACAAGGUUUUCUUUAGUCAUUUUAAAUAUUUGGCUUAGCUCGAAGCUCAAAGUAUAUUCAGACACCGUGAAGAUGAAUGAAGCUCAGAGACGUUACGUGGAGACUUAUUACCUUUUAGUCAACAGCUGUCCACUGUUGAGCUGCUAUUCACUCAAAGAAAAGAAGACAAUCAAGUUCUGUUGACGCAGAACUGGUUAUUUGACAUUUUACCUGUAGAUGUUGGAUGGACAGGUCAGCACACUAUUUUAGUCAACUUCUCAUACUGAGUUCAUCUGUAUGUCUUUGUAAUUUUAACCUACUACAAGACAAGUGUUUUCUCAAAGUCGUAACCAAACACAGGUUUUAGUCUUAGUAACCUUAACCCUGAAACAAACAAAAAGAAAUGUUAAUAUGUUCCACUAUGGAAAGAAAGCAGUAGUAAAUCAGCAACCUGUGUAAGUUUGCUGCAGGUGUUACAGCGUUAUGAUCGCUUAUCGGACCACAGCUGAAAUACUUUGAAAUGCUUGUCCUGCUCUUCGUUUGCUUUGUUUGUUACAUCGGAACAAAUGGAGUGUGAAUCAAGCCCAUCUGAAAAACCUAUUUGUCGUCCUUGAGUGUUUGUACAUCUAUGAGCUAAUGGAGGGGAUUGAAAUCUUAUCCUACGAGAUCCGGAGCCUAGUAUUUUCCUGUUCUACCUCAUCAUUAAUGUCACCCACCUGGUGUCCCAGGUCUGAAUAAAUCCCUGAUUAGGGGGUUGCAAUAAAAUAAUGGAGUGGAAUUGGCUUAGAGGUCCAAAGUUUUAUACCACUGAGUAACGGUAUGUAAUUUAUCCAAGUCUGGUUGGCCCUAUCCAAGUCUGGUUGGCUACUAUAUGAUUAUAGCAGCCAAUCUAUGUGGCUAAUAGAAACUGGUAUGAGAAUCAGGCUAACUUAAAAACCUCAGUGAUAUCGGAUGUUCACACACUCAUUUGACCCUUGGUCUCUCAGGGAGUGAUUAACAAUGUAUGUGUGUACAGUAAUACAAUAAUAAUAGCCGCUGAUAGAAAAAUGCAAAUAUUAUUAUUGCAUAUAUUAUUAGCAUUAUUAGCAUAUCAAUGAGUUGUCUUUUUUACAUACAUUUUUUUUGGUGGCGGGGGCGUUGGACGUGGAUGUGUAAUCCUCACUUUAAUGCUACAGACAGAUAAAGGAAACCUAAUUUAACAAAUGACACAGAUUAUACUUGCAAUAAUUGAUAUAAACCCAACAGAAAUUCAAUUUUAAAAGUUUGUAAAAAAACUUCAUUGCUGAUUAUUGCUGAUAUUGCUCUUUUGGUAGAAAUAACUUCUUUUAACUGUUUUGUGUAACUUUCCAACAGUCCCUUACAUUGACUGGGAGUCAUUUGCGCAUUGUUCUUUACAGUAUAACAGGUAUAACUGGGCUAUCUUAUCUGCACGGGCCACUUCAAGACCCCCCCCCCCCCCAUGGCAUUUUCAUAGGAUUGAGAUUUGGGUUUUGACCUGCCCAUUACAUAACCCUACAUUUCUUCGUUUUGAUACAUUCUGUUUUAUUUUUGAUUAUGUGGUUUGGAUCAUUGUCCUUUUAAAAGAUCCAUGUUGGGUUCUGGUUUUUGACAGAUUUUUUUGUGGGUGUGACAUGUUAAAUUGGGUUACCUUUAUCAAUUAAUGUGGUUGGAAUUUAGCUACAAUAUGCAUGUAUGAAAACAUAAAAGAAAAGGACAAAUGUCCAGGGAGUGUACAUACCUUUUUACCUGACCUGUACUUUACCACGACCUGUGAUUCAACCACAGCCAUAUUGGGACUUCACUAGCAAUCAGUUGAAUAUUCAAAUGUGCUCCAAAUAUAUGAAUUUAUCUUGAAGAUUGUACUGUGUGUGUUUUGUAUAUCUGGUUGGAUCCUCCUGGUUUUGUCUGGCAUUACUCCUCCUGUAAUACUGACCUGAUCCUUUGUUCACCUUUAACAGACUCUGCUGUGGAUUGCACUUCAUGUAUUAUUUGGUUUGUUGUUCAUCUUAAAGAGAUUUGUGUAAUGUACCAUUGUAAUACCAACAGGAAUAUAAAGCCAUUAACAAACUGA